AUGCAACUUCUGGAACUACCAACAGAGCUUAUUGAGUCAAUCGCGCAGAAUGUCGACUCCAGCGCUGACCUAAAUGCCCUCUGCCGCACAAGUCGCCGCUUCUACCGAAUUCUCGACAAACAUCUCUACUCCCGGGAUGCGAGGCAGGGUUGCAGAGCACUUCGCUGGAGCGCGAAAAUAGGAAUAACCACGACUUUAAGAAAGUCUUUAAAGCACGGCGUCGAUGUAAACUACCUCGACAGCAAGACCUCAUACACCACCCCACUCCUCCUGGCGGCGCAAGGGGGCCAUGUUGACAUUGUACGGCUACUACUAGCACAUGGUGGCAAUCCAGAUAUCCCCACGACGUGGUAUGACACGCCGUUGCUCUCAGCCAUUCACGGAGGGUAUUAUGAAGUUGUCAAAGCUCUUCUAGAAAAGGGGGCAGAUAUGUACGCCAAGGACGAAUGGUUCGACACACCCUUACAAGCGGCGGUGAGUAGAGGUCAAGACAACAUCGUCGAAUUGCUCCUCAAAAAGGGUGUCCUUGCCGAUGACCCUCAAAGACUUUAG